AUGUAUUUGCAAAUAAAUGACAAACUUCAGUGCAUGUGGAGAUCAACGACACAAAAUCUCGGUUUCACAUGUUUAUAUCUACACACCCCGGAUCUUCCUCGAAAUGAUAAAAGAGCGACAUCCACCAAUUAGUUUCUUCAUAACAUUGAUGCCAAUCCAUUACAAGACAAGAAUCCAAAACUAGACAAGAAGAUCCUGUUAACUCAGAUGUCGUUAUGUCCUGUGUAUAUUAUAUAUAUAUAUAUAUUCUGUCUAUCGGCAUUAAUCCACUGCAAAAAAAUGGAAACCUGGUUCCUCGUCAUCAUCACUCUCUGUAUCUCUGCUCUCAUCAAAUCUCUUGUCAAUAUUUUCUUUGAAUCCAAGAAGCACAGGCUCCCUCCAGGUCCUGUUAACUUCCCUAUCAUCGGCAACAUUCUAUGGCUUCGAAAAUCCUUCUUCGAGCUCGAAUCAAUCAUCCGCUCUCUCCACAAAAACCUUGGCCCUAUGAUCACGCUCCACAUCAGCACACGGCCCACCAUCUUCAUCGCUGAUCGCUCUCUUGCCCACCAAGCCUUAGUCCAGAACGGAGCAGUUUUUGCUAACCGGCCGCGAGCUCCUGCUACUAGUAAAAUUACUACUAGCAAUCAACAUGUUAUAAGCUCUGCCUUUUAUGGUCCUACUUGGCGCCUCCUUCGCCGGAAUCUUACAUCAGAAAUCCUCCAUCCUUCGCGGAUUAAGUGUUACUCUCAUGCUCGUAAAUGGAUUCUUGAAAUCCUCCUCAACCUCUUCGAAUCGCAGUCGAAAUCUGAGGACCCUGUUCUUGUUGUAGGUAAUUUUCAAUACGCCAUGUUCUGUUUGUUAGUACUUAUGUGUUUCGGUGACAAGCUUGGUCAGAAACAAAUUGAGGAGAUUGAGAGAGUCCAGCGUUCGGCGAUUGUGAACUCUCGUAGAUUUGAAAAACUCAAUUUCAUGCCAAGAUUGACCAAGAUCUUGUUUCGGAAAGAUUGGUCAGAAUUCUUGCAGCUUCAAAAGGAUCGAGAAGAUGUGUUGAUUCCUCUGAUAAGAGCAAGAAAGAAGGUGAACGAAGAGAGACAAAGCAAGAAAUCUAAUAGCAAAAAGGAUGAUGAGCAUGUGUUAUCUUAUCUUGAUACCUUGUUUGACCUGCAACUUCCUGAUGAGAAAAGAAAGCUUACAGAGAAGGAGAUACUUAGUUUAUGCAACGAGUUCCUCAAUGCCGGCACAGAUACUACUUCCACAACCUUGCAAUGGAUCAUGGCAAAUUUGGUCAAGUACCCAUAUAUUCAAGAAAAGCUAUUUAUGGAGAUUAAGAGUGUUGUUGCUGAUGGAGAAGAAGAGGUAAAAGAAGAUCAUCUGCAAAAGAUGCCAUAUUUGAAAGCUGUAAUUUUAGAAGGGCUAAGGAGGCACCCACCAGCACAUUUUCUAUUGCCACAUGCUGUGAUUGAAGAUGUAGUUUUGGGUAAAUAUUUAGUACCCAAGACUGCCAAUAUAAACUUCAUGGUAGCAGAAAUGGGGCUGGAUCCAGAGGUGUGGGAGGAUCCAAUGGCAUUUAAGCCUGAAAGAUUUAUGGGUAGUAGUGACAAUAGUAGCAGUGAGGGUGGUGGGGGAGAAGUGUUUGAUAUAACAGGAAGUAGGGAGAUUAAGAUGAUGCCAUUUGGUGCGGGAAGGAGGAUUUGCCCUGGAUAUGGAUUGGCAAUGCUUCAUUUGGAGUAUUUUGUUGCUAAUUUAGUUUGGAAUUUCGAGUGGAAAGCUAUCGAUGGAGAUGAUAUUGACUUGUCACAGAAGCAGGAGUUUACAAUAGUGAUGAAGAAUCCAUUGAAAGCUCAUAUCUCUCCCAGGUUAAACAGAGGUUUUUGAACCUUAGUCUCGUUAAAGCUUCAAAUCUGUAUGUAAAACAUUUCUUUCUAAUUAAUCAAAUAUUAAUAAAAGAAACUAAUCAAGCCA